CACACAUGCGCAGUUUAUAGUUAGGUUGGUAGGUUUGGCAAGUAGCUUUAUAAUGGCUGCGCAUCGCGCCUCUUCAAACCAUGUCUCGACUGCUCCAACUCAGCCUACAACUUUCUCAGAGAGCAGAGAGUCAAUAUGUCUUUCAGUUCGGCAGCAAUGGAUGCUGUCCUCCAGCUACGACAAGCUGAGGCCGAGGCCGACAGUGAGGGUCGGACUGUGAUUGUCCAGUGUGGCACGGGCAACGAGUACGACGGCCGAAAUGGCCUGCGCAUAUCUUCCAUCUUCGUCAUCUUCAUCGGCUCCCUUCUAGGCGCCUACCUGCCCAUAUUGUUCGCCAAGUACACCAAGUUGAAGGCCAUUGAUAAGAUGUUCUUCAUCGCCAAGUACUUCGGCUCCGGUGUCAUCAUUGGAACCGCCUUCUUGCACCUCCUUUCACCAGCUUUCGAGGCCUUGCGGAACCCCUGUCUCCCGGAUGGCCCCAUCAAAGAUUACGAUUUCGCUGCCGCUAUUACUCUCAUCGCCGUCUUCGUCAUGUUUACUGUUGAGCUGUUGAUCAGUCGAGUCGACAUCUUCGGUCACAGUCACGACACCCAUGAAAAAGUUACCUUUACACAGAAACAUACACCCAACGAUCUGGAGGCCAACUUGCCUGGAAACAGUAGCCAAAGCUCAGGCAUCCCUAAUGAUGUGAACUAUCCACCAGGCAACCAGGACCACCUUGGUCACUUUCGCGAACAUGAACACGAUGAGAUAUCGCUUGGCAGGCAGAUGACGGCUAUUUUCAUCCUCGAAUUCGGCGUCGUCUUUCACAGCAUCUUCAUCGGACUCACGCUAGCUGUUGCUGGUGAGGAAUUCGCCGUGCUCUACGUCGUCCUCGUCUUCCAUCAGACCUUCGAAGGUCUCGGUCUCGGCACGCGGCUUGCCAGCGUCCCAUGGCCCAGAUCCAAGUGGUGGCUGAAGUACCUCCUAGGCUUAGGAUACGCUAUCAGCACUCCUGUGUCCAUCGCUAUUGGCCUCGGUGUCCGAAAUACACUGCAACCCGAAAGUCCUAAUGCGCUGAUCAUCAACGGUGUAUUCGACUCCAUCAGUGCCGGCAUCCUUAUCUACACUGGUCUCGUCGAACUGCUGGCUCAUGAAUUCAUGUUCAACGAGCAGAUGCGCAGCGCCGGCCUAAAAGUACAAUUGUUCGCCCUCUUUUGUGUCGCUAUUGGUACUGGGCUCAUGGCCGUCCUAGCCAUCUGGGCCUAGACGAAAAUUAUUAUAAAAAAGGAAAAAAAAAAGAAGAAACCCCCCCCCCCCCCCCCCCCCCCCACCCCCCCCCCCCCCCCC